AUGGAAGCCCACAACGCAGCAGUGGCGGCCAUCUCGGCGCGCGUCAAGCACUUCUCGGAAACACGGCAGCCGUUCCGCAUCUACCACGGCUCGACAAACAGCACGCGGCGGUCGGAUAAGCGGGCGGACAACACGGUCGACACGAGCGGGCUGGACCACGUUUUGUCGAUCGACCGGGAGCGCAGGGUCGCCGUGGUCGAGCCCAACGUGCCCAUGGACGCCCUGGUGGCCGCCACGACGGCGCACGGCCUCGUGCCGCCCGUCGUCAUGGAGUUCCCCGGCAUCACGGCCGGCGGCGGCUUCUCGGGCACGUCGGGCGAGAGCAGCUCGUUCCGCCACGGCGCAUUCGACGCCACCGUCGAGUGGGUCGAGGUCGUCCUGCCCACGGGCGAGGUCGCGCGCGCCUCGAGGUCCGGGGAGCGGUCGGAUCUGUUCUGGGGCGCCGCGUCGGCGUUUGGGACCCUCGGCGUCGUCACGCUCAUGGAGCUGCGGCUCGUCGAGGCGAGGCCCUACGUCCAGCUCGACUAUCACCUCUCGGGCGGUGUCGGUGCCGCGGUGGACAUGAUGCGGGAGGAGAUGGCGCGCAGUGAGAACGACUACAUCGACGGCAUAGUCUACUCGCCGGCCGAGGUGGUCACCUGCGUAGGACGGAUGGUGGACGCGGUGCCGGAAGGGGUCAAGAUACAGCAGUUCGCGAGGCGUAAGGACCCGUGGUUUUACGUGCACGUCGAGAAGGACGUCCUGCCGCGGCUGAAAAGGUUGGAGGAGAAGCCGAGCGACGGCAUCAAGACUUUUACAGACUACGUGCCGCUGACAGACUACCUGUUCCGCUACGACCGCGGCGGCUUCUGGGCCGCGAGGUGGGCGUUCCGCUACUUCCUCACGCCCUUCAACCGGGCCACGCGCUGCCUGCUCGACCCGCUGCUGCACACGCGCGUCAUGUACCGCGCGCUGCACAAGUCCGGCCUGGCCGACUUUUGCAUGACGCAGGACGUGGGGGUCCCGUUCGACAAGGCGGCCGAGUUCGCGGCCUGGCUGGACGAGGAGCUGACCAUCUACCCGCUGUGGCUGUGCCCGCUGCGGCUCCGGCGCGCCGAGGGGCCCGACUCGGCCCACGGCCUGCACUCGCAGUUUGCCGACCCGGACCUGCCCGACCUGCUCAACUUUGGCGUCUGGGGCGACCUGCCCAGGGGCAAAAUGGACCGCCGCGCGGCCGUCCAGUCCAACCGGCGGCUCGAGGCCAAGGUCGCCGAGCUGCGGGGCAAGAAAUGGCUGUACGCGCAGGCCUUUUACACCGAGGACGAGUUCUGGGCGCAAUACGACCGGGCGUCGUACGACGCGCUGAGGAAGAAGUACGGUGCUGACUACCUGCCCAGCGUCUACGACAAGGUCCGCGUGGAUCUGGAAGCCGAGGAGGCCGCGGAUGCUGGGGGCACGCUUGGAACCAGGGCCAAGAGGGCCAUCUGGAAGGUGUGGCCGGUGCGUGGUCUGUAUGGCGUCCUGGCGGCUAUCAAGAGCGACGAAUACCUCAUGCACAAGACUAGGAGACAGGACCGGGGCGAUGUAAAGGCUAAAUCGCAGUAG